CGACGCGUUCACUCAAUAAAGUUUCUAAUCUAAAAAAAUUAUGUUCCCUCAUCCAUGCCUCGCCCAUUCAUCGCAUCCAAUUAGGAUCUUCAUUCAACAUGCCCAACCCUCUCGAACUGCCAGAGAUCCUCAGCCUGAUCGGUGAAUACCUUCGUCUCAAAGAUGCUCUGUCUUGUAUCCGAGUGUGCAAGUCUUGGAAAGCCGCCUUCCUGCCCUCCCUCUGGCGCAGGUUCACUUUCGCUUACGGUGCAUCCCCAAGCCAGACACUACUGGAGCAGAAUGCACAUCAUAUCCGCAGCUUGAUCAUAGAGAACCCCGAGCCCACAUACCUCGCAACACUCUUUUCUCUAUGUCGCCAGCUCGAAGAUAUCAGUCUGCCGAAUGAUCUCUCGGACGACAUCUAUUUCGAGUCCGAGGAGGAUGACCAGGAUGGCACGGAGGAGGAGGAGGAGGAGGAGUGGUCAUAUGAUUGGUCAUGUUACAUGUGGUCCUGUUUCUCAGAUAUGGUCCGAGAAAACCCUCGGUUACGGAAGAUUGUCAUUCAGCGCGACCCAGACUUCGAUCACUCCCUUCAUUUUAGACCCAGAUUUGUGAAGGCCCUAGUAUCGUGCUCCAGCCUGAAAGUCUUGCAGACAGCAGAUUGUGCUAUCGAUUUCCGCGACUCUGAGCGGUAUAUUCAAGCCAUAUCGCGCGGCGUGGAGCAUCUUUCAUCUAUACAUGAUGGGUUUGUUGGAUUUAAGUUGCCGGCCAACCUCACCUUUCCGAAGAUACGACAUUUUGAUCUUCGCGGCACCGAGAUGUCGGUCAGGACCCAACUCAGCUGGAUCAGCAAAUGUCCCAAUCUAGUGUCUCUCUUCUGGGAGUGCAUGUAUAUCAUCCCGGUCGGCGAGUUUUGCCAAGCAGUCAAGACCAAGUGGCCUCACCUGACGGCUCUCCACCUGAUGUCCCCUAACAGUCGCGAGGACAUGACCCUAAUCCUUAUGGCGCUUCCACGAGUCGAAAAACUGUCAAUGGCGCGCACGGACUUUGACGCUCUCAAGCGGCACCUUCCGACACUCAGGGAAAUCGAUCUACAGCAUUCUCGCCACAUCACGAGCCACAUGGUCCAACAAAUUCUAACCUCAUGCCCACAACUGGAAAGCAUUGUCGCCUUGAAUCUUGACUAUCAGGACAUCGUGCGCAAGUCAUGGAAGUGCGUGAACCUGAGGAGAUUUGAUAUUGGAAUCACCAUCGACAAGCACCGCGUGAAAACACACAAGCUACUGAAAAUGAAUAUACAGGUGUACGGAAGACUGGCUCAGUUCAAGAAGCUGGAGUACCUAUCGAUUUGUGGAUGUAGAGGCUGGGAGGAUGAUUCAUCCAUGCUGGAAAGAAGGCUAAAGGUGUCGCUGAGAGCAGGGCUCGGGCAUCUGACGACAUUGAAGAAUCUUAAGUUCUUCAGUUGCAAGAAUGCGAUGAACGUGACGAUUUCGAAACGGGAUGGUGAAAAAGUAGCUCAAUGGAUGAUGAAGCAUUGGAAGAACCUUGAGACACUUGAGGGCUCUCUCGAGUGGCGUCAUCAGCGCAUGGCCCUGCAUUACGACCCCUUGAUGGUCGCCAAGAAAAGGGUGUCCGAGAUGCUGCAGAGACGAGACAUCGAGGUGAUCACUCAGAGGUCAUAUGAGGAGGAGAGUGAUUUGGAUCUAAUGGGCCUUGGCGAGUUCGACGGGUUCGACGAGUUCGACGAUUAUAAUGGCGAGGGCAUUGACUAUAAUGAAGACUAUUACGACUACAAUGAACACUACGACGACUUUGGAUAUCACGACGAUUACGGAUAUUACGAUGACCACGGAUAUUACGAUGACUACGGAUAUUACGAUUAAGAAGUCCAUAAAGCAAUAAAACAAUUCAUUCU